AACGUUACGCCAAUAACAUCAUAUUGUAUGCACGUUUCAAGCAUUGCAGACGUCCCAAGUUGCUCAGCACCGUGCUUGCGUGGUAGCCUGCCGGAUACGCCAACUGCUAACACAAGCAAAGCCUUGAUCAAUUCCACAAUCUUGCAUUCAUAGCUACAUAAAAAGCAGAACCGCGAGUUAGUUGUUUCUAGGCUCUCUCAUUCAUAGGCGUCGGAAGCCUUUGCCACCGUACAGCGGCGCUCACCAUGGUGUUCGGAAUUGGGAAGGACAAGAAGCCCGAGGAGGAGCCAAAGCCCCAGGAGGCGGUGACUAGCGGGCCGCACGUCAGCUCGCUGCAACAGGACCCCUACGAGUCGGACCCCGUGCUUUCCCAGAUGCCGCGGCCAUCUUCAGUGUUCGAAUUUGGGCCUAUGGUACAAGUAGGCUCCGAGAUCAUGCGAGGCGUUUGCACCGGCGACAACCCCGAUGCCAUCCAGGCAUGCACAUGGACGAUUGAGGAGGCGCAGGGGAAACCCAAGGAAAAGAAGCAUGUUUUCCGUGUCGAGUUCUAGGGGCGUACAGAACUGUGUCCCUUUUGUUUCCAGGGGAUUGGUUUCAGGAUAGGUAGAGGUAUGACCGGGUUAGGAGGAUGGUGUUGCAAGUAGGGUGGAAGCUCUAAGCUGGCAGUCAUUAAUGUAGUAGCGUGCUUGCGAGGUUACCUGCCUCACAGUUUUUUUAUUGCAAGUUGCACGCCUACAGAGCUGCAUUAUCAUCCAAGCUGUCAACAAACUUUUGGCUCUACUUGAGGCCAUUGCUAGAUGGGGAGCCCGGAUGCGUUGACAUCGAGUUGACCAUGGUCUGCAUGUUGUUUCUAUAGGAUGAAUGCGGAGGCUGCAAACAUACGGCUGAUAAGAUUUACAGCCACAGGCUCUGGACAUCCCAAAACCCGUUCUGACAAAGCUCUUCCCAUUGUAACAUGACGUGACAUG